AUGUCCAACUCCAUGGAUUUAGUAACUAAAAUAGGAAAGGAUACGUCGAGAUCCGCUUGCAAAAAGUGUGGUUAUGCGGGACAUUUAACUUUUCAGUGUAGAAACUUUAUCAAAGUAGAUCCAAAUAAAGAAAUAGUACUUGAUGUUAGUAGUACAAGUAGUGAUACCGAAGAAGAGUAUGCGACUCCAUUACAGAGUUUACGAGAGGCGGAAUUACGACAGAAAUUACAGGAGAAGUUAAAGAAAGUAAAAGAAAAGAAGAAAAGCAAGAAAAGAAAAAGAUCCAGAUCAACAAGUUCUUCGAGUAGCAGUUCGGAUUCAGAUAGCGAUACUAAAAAGAAAUUGAAACAUAAAAAGAAACACAAAAAAUCUAAGAAAUCACACAAAUCACAUAAGAAGAGUAAAAAAUGA